AUGCGACACAAUUUGUUCCUCAUCCUUUGUCUCCUCUCCAGCUUGACUUGCAAUACACUGGCUUUGCCAUGGGAUGGACCAAGAGCGACCAAGCUGGCACGGGCUAGGAUUCCAUCUAUUGCUGAACCAACCACACCCCCAGAUUUGGCAAGACGACGUGAUCUUGAUGUUGGUAAUCCUGCUUUCUGCGGAUUUGGUGAUGCUGAGAAAGGUAUGAAGCCAUGAGCCAAUGUUGCCAAGGUGAUCCGUCAGUUGUUGCUGAAAAUACACAUAGAUAAUCCAUGGCAAUGUGCAGAUGAUAAGAAAACGUGUAUGCUGUAUACGGAUUUGAAGGUCCAAGGCUGCUGCGACACUCUCAAGAAAGAUGCAAAAUGCGAUCUUUAUACUGGAUGUAAGGACGGUGACUCAAGGACCAAUCCUGGUGUGGAUCCCUUGAUGCUACUAUGGUAAGCCAGAACCACCAUAGACUAGAUAUGUUCUAUGCUGACCCAUUAUUUACAGCAAAGAUAAAAGUUUGACCUGCGCCACUAUCACUUAUACAUCCAAGUUUGUCCAAUAUGUAUGCUACCUAAGUCACACAAUAUUUUGUCCUAGUCAUUGCUGACAGCACAAGGCUUGCGUUACUGAUCCAUCAGCCCUUCCAAAAACCAUCGACAGCACAUACAAGAAACAGCCAAAAGAUGCUAAGACUGCGGAUCUUUAUAUGGUUGGAAAGAAAGAGCUAGGAGAUCCAGCCUCAAGUUCAUCUUCGAAGGCCUCGUCACGAUCGUCGACAUCAACAACGAGCUCAUCAAAACCCUCCUCAAAGACGGAUACCCCAACUCCAACUCCAGGCAGCCCACCACCAGAUGA